GCAUGAGCAGGUAUACUAAGUGUCAGCAUAUUCAGAAUGCAGCACUCAGUUUUCAGUACCAUUAUCUGAAGUCUUAAGGCAAGGCAUUAAGGCAUUGUUUGUCAUAAGACAAAAUUACUCUCACUGAAAAGCAACAGAUUAUCAUUGGAGUUUUUUUUUUUUUCCAGGUUCUGGUAGAAAUUGAUGAGAAUUUGAUAGCAUUGUUCAACUUCUUUGGUUUUGUCUCCACAGUGAUGGCUGGUAAUAGAAGCAAGCGUAUAGAGGGCCCGUAAAAGUUUACUUUUCCAAUCCUCCAUUAUUUACCAGUGGUUUUAAUAAAUGGUUUAGGAAGAGCUUUCUUACUCUUUAGAAAGACAUUGCUGAUAUGCCUGACAGUCUGACAGGUUUUUCAAAAUGCGUGUCCUAAUAUGUGUGGUGGUUUGAGGUCUCUUCCAUUCGUUUAAAACAGUUAAGGGGUUUGUUGGACAUGAAAUACACUACGUGCAGAGAAUUAAUCAGAUGCAGUAUUGGGAGUUGUAACUAUUAUGAAUAUUUGCAUGGAAAAUAAAUUGCUUCAAGAGCUGGAGUGCUUUGUUGAGGUGAAGGAGGACCUAGAAAUAUAUUUUAGGCUAAGAGAAUAAUGUAACUUACUUAAAGUAUUAUUAUAUUUCUGGUGGAACAGUGAGUUUUGCGUGGUGAUGUCUAGAAGCAUUUCUAUCAGACCCUUAGAGAUCCACAUUUGAGAGGAAGAGGUAACACGAUGUGUUUGUGCUCGUCAUUUUGCACCAUUCCUCAAUUUUUAUUUUUUUCUCUGUGAGGUCAUUAACUACCCUUUCAAAGAUGUAAUGGGACAGAGUUAGCACGACUUCCUUCAAAAGUGGUUCAGGCAAGUAUUAGAGUACCUGAUGUUAAGACCAGAAACUACAAGGAAGAAUGUCCAAAUUCGCAUAUCAGCUACACUGCAAGCAUUCAGGCUUUUUUGUUUCCAGAGUAAGUAGGUCAACUGGAAAAGGAGGGAGUAAGCUGAUGGCUGUAGCUUUUCCUCUGUUACCAUGACUUGAUGUGUUGUGGAGGCUUAGUUGUAGCUGUUGUUUUUCUCAGUUUGUUCUGAGAUGAUUGGGAUCUGAAUUAAGACUGUUCUGUGGACGAAGAGCUGUGCCUGAUUGCUUUUUAUGAAACCUUGCAGUAGUCCAUAUUUUGGCACAUCCACACAAUUUCUGAGCAAGUGCUGUUUCAGUGCAUCUGAAACUGCUACAUGAAACCUGUUUUGCACAAGACUUGCAAAAUAAAUUGAUCUCUUUCUCAGAUGACACUGCAAGAUGAUGCUCUUUCCAGUAGUCCUAUUAAUGUCAUAUUUCCAUGUAUGCAUUUUUCAUUAUUUUUAGCGAAUUCACAAACUUAGAGCACUUGCAAGUGAAUUUCUUUGUGCACCUGUGAAGAGUAAAAGUGAUUUUGUUCUGUCAUUAACCUUGUUUUUUUUUUCCCUCUGCAGUUGCAAUUUUGUAGGUAUUAAUGAUGCUGUUCUUGCCUUCCACUAUUUCAUUUCUGUGAGACUGCAUUGCAUAGUGCCACACUCUACCCUGAUUCACUUAGAAGGGUUUGUGUGGAGCUGUCUACAAAAAAAAAUUAAAAAAAUAAAAAUAAAUGUAUGGGAGGUUGGAGGAAGGAGUAAUGGGCUGGAAGGUUAGAGGAGAAUGUUGUUAAGUCAGCUGUAAUAUAAGGGUGAUGUUAGAAAUAGCAAGAUGCUCAUUCUUUAAAAGUUGGUGUGUUUUUUUGAUGAUAGUUGUCUGAAAGAUGGCACAGCUGGUAGCUCUUCAGGCCUUGUGAAUCACAGAGCACUGAUGGACUGGACGGCCAUUUGGGGAAUUCACACACUUGCUUUUGGUCACUUCUAAGGACUGAUCCAAACUAGCUUUUUGUAGCAUGACAGCUGUGAUGUGAGCAGCUUACAGUGUAGUAACUGAGGUUUUUCUGUGUGUGUGUAUGUGUUCGCAUCUAUUUUAAUCAUAAUACUCCUUUCCUUCUCCUUACAUAUAUGUUAUGGUGAGGUUUGGGGAAGUUAGAUCAAUUCUGAAUGUCCUCUCAGGCAUAACCAGCACCUUUUAAGUCAGCUUGUGGCACGGUAUGUUUUUAGGGUCUCGCAUCUGCAAAUCUCAAGUGCGUUGAGCUGUGUAAAUAGACGCGAGAUGGCCACUACCCUGGUACAACCUGUUUGCCCUCUUUCUGUAUCUGCCUGUGGAAAAUAAGUCUUGCCUAUACAAGUAUGCAAUGCUUGAAUUUUAGGCCACUGAUUUAAAUGUCUGACUUGCCAAGCCUUUUUACUGGGUUACGUUUGCAUUUAUGUUUUAGGGUCCUUGUAGGGCCUGCCUGUAGGCUGUAACAAGGAAAUUUCUGUUGUGGUGUGUUCAUGGUCCAGUGAAGACAGUUUGUCAGUGAGCGUUCAUGAGAAUAAAGGACUCAAGGAUUUGAAAGGAUGUGAUUUCCUUUCCUGCUUAUCACAGUCCAACUUAAUUUUUCAUUCUCAUUUUUUUGCUUGAGGUCUCUGCCAUCACUGCAGAGACAAAGAUUAAGCCUAUGGAUGACUACCGGAAGGCUUAAGAAUGUUUAAGUAAUACAGUUGCUCAUUGAAAUGCUAACCCAGAAUGGGUUUGGGAAGGGAUUCUGUUUUGUAAGUGGAACCUGAGGCUUUCUUCCUGCCUGCAGCUCCUCCUGUAGCAGUGGAAUGUCCCCUUGAUCCCUUCCCAUUGGCCAGGGAUGUUUGUCCAGAUGUUUGGUUCUUCCAUAAAAGAUACAGAUUGCUUGACCCAGUCCACAUUUGGGAGGUGCUGCAGCAAAGAAAAAAAUGACACAACGUGCUUAUAUGGUUAUCUUACUUUUGUGUCUCAGAUUAAUGUAUCCCCUUGUAACUGGAAUUUUUAUGGACAAACUUGCCAGCAAGAAGCUGUGUGCUGAUGACGACUGCGUCUACACCAUUUCCCUUGUCAGAGCAGAAGAGGAUUAUAAUGCUCCAGACUGCAGAUUCAUUAAUAUUAAAAAAGGGCAGUUGAUUUAUGUUUACUCAAAACUAGUGAAGGAAAAAGAAUCUGGAGAACUCUGGGCUGGAAGUGUUUAUGGAGAACAGUAUGAAGACCAUAUGGGGACAGUUGGUUAUUUCCCUAGCAGUUUAGUCUCAGAACAACAUGUCUAUCAAGAAGCAAAUAAGACAGUUCCUACAACGGACAUUGAUUUCUUCUGCGAAUAGUGCUGAAGAUGACUAGGUUAUCUCUAGGGUGCUACAAGAAAAGCUGACAAAGAAACAUGGACCCCCUCACUGAACACAUAGUUUUUAAUAAAUGUUUAUAAGAUAAGUGGUGUUUCAAAUGCAAAAGUUAACUUCGAGGGAGUUAUUUGGGGUAGGAGAAAUGGUCUCGUAGAGGACUUAUUGUUUAGAAGUUUUUUACCUGCAUAUACUUCGCUUGUUAAGAAACCUAAUAGCCUUUGAAUUAUUGUGUCUGAGUGGCAUAAAUAUGCUAUAUAUAAAAUUGGAUGUGCUAUCUUGACUUGCAUUUUCCUGACAUAGCCUUAUACUAUGUAUUAAA